AUGUCUUCUCAAAUCGUGCCAAUUCAUCGUUCUAAUCAACCUGGAAAUAGUCCAGCCAAAAAAGACGAUAUUUGGUUUAAUGCUUUCAAUUUUGCACCUGGCGACGAUGCGAGCAUCCGUUGGCUUAGUCGACCAAAUCAACAAGUCUAUAAAGACAAAUACGGGCAUGAUGCCGAAAAGUUUCGUAUCACCUUCGAUGUAGAAAACUUCCAACCGGAACAAAUUAAAAUCUACAUUCAAAAUCAUAAAUUAACCAUUUCAGGCGUUUAUGAAGAACGUAGUGAAGGUCGUUAUAUGCAAAAACAAUUCGAACGAACCUUCGAUAUUCCAGCAAAUGCCGAAGUCGACUCUAUGGCAUCAUUCAUAACUGCAUGUCAUAUGCUCGUUGUUGAAAUUCCUCUUAAUCCAUCAGCACAAAUCGAUCACUUAAGCAUCAAUGAAAACGCCAACAAUCAACGUCGUCUCUCGUUUUCGUUGAACAAAUAUAAUACAAACAACAACCAAGGUUUACUAUCAACAACAAAUGAUGUGACUAGCUUAGGUGCACCAGGUCAACAAGUUCGUCGAACAUCAGUAACAAAAACAACAACGACAACAACAACUGGCUCAUCGGAUAUACCACCUGAAGCAGCCGAAUUACUCCGAAGCGCCGAUACAACAACCGGUACUACUUCGCAAACCUACAGUACACAUACAACCGAACGCCGUUCAUCAACAACAGGCAAUCAACAAAUUACUCAUCGUGAACCAAAUUCAUCAUCGACAACAAGUACUAACCAAACAACAUUAACAAGUUCGGAAUUGGCUAAUUUACCUAUCGACAUACCACCAGAGCUUUUAGCCACUGGUGGCACGAUUACCAUCCAAAAACGAAGAGUAUCCAUAACUAAAGCAGUUGAUGGACACAAUGACGCUCCUGCAUCAUCAGCACACAACACCGAAACGCAUUCGACAUCAUCGACAACAACUUCGACACACAAUACAGACCAAGCAGUUGCGGUACCAAUUAAGCGUAGCAAUGAGACACAUUCUUCAACAACUACAACAACAAGUUCAACGCACAACACCGAUCAAUCUUCGGUUGUACCAAUUAAACGUACUGAUGAGUCUCGUUUGACAACAUCAAACACAUCUAAUCAAAACCAAACAACUACAAGCGAACGUCGUGGUUCAAAGACAAUAUCAAGCAGCAAUAACAGUGCUCUGUAUACACUCGAAGAGUUUCUUCAAAAUAAAACGUGGAAUCCAUCACUCGUUGAUGGCCCUAAUGGUAAAAAGAUUCUCUACAUGCGUUUACAAAUGAAACCGGGUACAACAUUGGACCAAAUGAAGAUUUCGCUCAAUGGAUAUGAUUUACGUAUUGAUGUCAAUAAUAAAGUAUCAGCUGAUGGCGGUCGAUAUAUGAGUGAGCAUAGUUACCGUCAAGUGACCCUUUUCCCAACCUGUGAAGUUGACCAAUUGAAGACGGAACUUAAAGAUGACGGUUUUCUUCAUAUUCAAGUACCAAUCAAAUUAUAA